AUGGAAAAGUCGAAUACUGGUAUCUUAGACGUGGAUGAAGUGUUGAUGGUUGACGAUACGAGGCAUCACGUAGUGCUCGUUGAAUUGUUCCUUGACGGCACGGAGGUGAAGCAUUGCCGCCCGUGGGAAAUUCCAAGAGGACAUGGAGAUUCUUACUCGUGCAAGGGAUUCCACGUGUGGUCAUUGAUUCUGGACGAGUACCUCAAUGCGAUCAAGAAUGACGACGUGUUCCAGAGUGUGUCGCAGUGUCUGGAUUCCCCUGCAGUGUUGCCGGAUGAAGAGAUGUCUCGCGCGGCAAUGGUGGAGUCCAAGUAUUACUACACAGGUGGUUCCUGUCGUUAUAUGUUUUACUUCCGCACUGCGACCGUGGCGACAAAGUUGAGCGGUGCCGUGAAUUCCUUAAACGAUGCUACGAGUGUUGCCACGAGUGGCCAGCGUUCAUCUUCAAGCAUCAAUCGUCUGUUUGGAUGUCCCAGCGACCUCAUGGCAUGCGGUCCAGAUGCUAUCAAGAAGGUCAUGUCGACGCAUCAAGACAAUCCAAACCCAGCAUUGGACGGAUGGAAGUUAGAGAUGGAGUUCUUCGCAAGUCUUCGAAAUGGUGGUCUCGCUCUAGUUGAUGCGGCAGGAAACACGGUUGACACGUGGGGUCAAUCAGUUAUUGUGGUUGCGGAUGGAAUACCUGCGCUUUCUUCUGCUAACCCCAUUUGGAUCCAGCCCCUAAAAUGA